AUGUGCUGGCUUUCCGUUCAAUGCUCUUGCAAGCAUAAUAUUGCCAUUGCUCACCCGACAAAGUCGUGUGUUCGUCCACGCAAUCCUCGUGGUUGUUGGAUCAUUCGCCGUGGAGAUCCUCUGAAGAAGUCUUGUCCUGGAUGUGAAGAAUACCAUACUCCUGGAUCUGAGCAACCAUCCUGGAGGGACGUUAAGCGCUGUCAUAAUGAUCCGGCUAUGGACUGGGCUGAAGUCAAUCAUUAUGAUAUUAUAACCAUGGAUAAGAACCGUCACAGAGUUUGUGACAACGAACGUCUUGAGUUUAGGAAGCGACUUCGAUGGAAGACUAUGAUAGCGAACGGAAUGGUGACAGGCUGGAGCUUGAAUAACAGAGGUGUUGCCAUUGUUGAUACCUCCCCCGAGGAGAUUGGCAAUGAAGAUAUGGAUUACUGUCAACAACAUGAGGUCAUCGAACCCUUCGAUCCGGCCGAUAUUGACGAUAUGUUACUCGAUACUGGAGAGGAUAAGAAUGGGAAUCAGGAUGGAGUCGAUGGAUACAUGCUUGAACGCGUGUCAUCUAGACCACGGCUAGCCCGUACCAUCUAUAUGACUGGAAAUGGUCAAGAAUUCGAAUCACUCUUUUCAGUAUUCGAUAAUUCGGAAGGCGACAUAUCUUCUAACUCGGAUAAUUCCAAUGAGGCAGUCAUGGGAUCUGAUGAAUCAACAAAUACAAUUACUGAGAACGAUUCCAGUAAAGAAGAAGAAUAUGAGCCACUCAUGGAGCUCGACGAAAUGUUCGACCACAUCGAAGCUUCGAAGCCUUUUGACCUAUCUUCCUCCCUCCUUAACAGCGAUGUUCCUGUCUGGGCUCCCGCUACACCCGAAUCUCCCAUCGGUGACCCUAUCAAGAAGCCAUUGCCCAAGGGCACACUGAUCAAAUUGGAGAUAAAGAAAGAACUUGACACCGCCCCGGGGCCUGUCACUGCCAUAUCGGGGCUGGCACCACUUCUCGCAGCUACGUCUUCUGAAGGAACCACUUCAAACUAUCGCGAAGGAAUCGACCAGGCUCUUGCUAGGUUGAGACGUCUGUCUGCCGCACGUAUGUCCGCCGCAUAUACUGAAGCGCGUAAUGCGAGAUUUCCUGAUCUGGCUCCAAUUACCCCCGUUGAAGAUAUUUUUCAAGAAGAAAAGCCCGAGGAGGACUCGGAGGAAGGCGGCGUAACCUUCCAAUUCAACUAA